AUGGCUGAGCAGCAACAUAAUUUCGGUGGACAAGAGCCUCGAAAUGCAGAUGCUGAGCAAAUUGAUGAUCCAACACUCGAACUUCCCGAUAUAAUGGUCAAGCGACUGGAUUACAUGGCAGAAGUCAAUCGAUUUAUCGAGUCGGAAUGCAUGGGAAUACAGACCGAUUUCAAUCCUUGGCGUUGGGUUGAGAUUGGAAAUAUCGGCGCUGUGAAUGGAGUGGACCCAACGGGCGGCAUGUGGCAACCACCCGAUGAAAAUGGAUAUCAAGCGAGCAAUUUGAAUAUGUCACCAUUUGAGUUUAUUGGCUUGUAUUCCAAUCGCGGACAAAAUGUUUCUCAUAAUGACAUCAGGGAGGAAGAGCCGGAUAAUGAGCAAGAAGAGCCAGUCGACUUGCAACUACCCGUACAGGAAAUCAAACAAGAUGAGAACCAGAGAGGAUAA